UGCAUAGUACAAGUUGCCGCAUUGGCAAUAAUUGGCAUUUUAGCUCGUACGUUGUAUAAAAGACAGCAGCAUGUCGAUUGUACAGCAACCAAGGCAGUUGCAUCUUCUCAACAUCUCCAAGUCUUUUGAAGAUCAAACAACAAAGUCACCAUGGCUAUAUCGUCCGAACACAAAGGGGAGUCGACGCCAAAAGCAAGCGGAGAGAUCGUCAAGAUCGAAAAUGCAGACAUCCGCGAGGAAGAUGAGUGGAUUCAACGAUAUCCCCUUCUGCGAGAUAAGUCUCAGGAAGAGUUGGACGGUUUGAAUAAAGCUGUACUCAAGAAAUUGGAUUGGAGGUUUUUGCCAUGUAUUACUGCUAUGCUCCUUAUGAAUUACCUCGAUCGAAUUAACGUGAGCAACGCACGCUUGGCUGGCAUGCAAAAGGAUCUUCAUAUGAGCGAUGUGGAAUGGUCGGCUGGAAUCUCACUGUUUUAUGUCGGCUACAUCAUAUCUCAGGUGCCUGCCAACGUUUUGAUUGCUAAAUCCUCACCACGCAUCAUGCUGCCGUGUAUGAUGCUCGGCUGGUCGGCUUGUACGAUAUGUAUGCCAGCGGUAACCAGCGCCUGGGGUUUCAUGCUAUGUCGGUUCCUGGUCGGCCUCACAGAGGGGCCGUUCGUACCUGUUGUUGCCCUCCUUACCUCGUCCUGGUACACAAAGCAAGAAUCUCCUUUGCGAAUGGGCAUUUGGCAUGCAGGGAAUAUCAUCUCGAAUGUCUUUUCUGGUCUACUUUCCGCCGCAAUCCUCACCAAUAUGGAUAACGUUGCAGGACUGAGUGCCUGGCAAUGGUUCCUGCUUCUCGAGGGUAUUGUUAGCAUUCUCGUGGCGAUUCCUGGGUUCUGGCUACUUCCAAACUUUCCAAAUAACACCGGAACGUACUUCUUCACCCCCGAGGAAUUGGAGAUGUCCCAAUACAGGCAGCUCGUAUCAGCUGGCGGUAUCUCUGAGGAUGAUGAGGGAGACUACUGGGGUGGGUUCUGGAUGGCCGUCAAAGAUCCUUUCACCUGGCUCUUUGCUGGCAUGCACUUCUUUAUCAUUAUUGCCCAGUCCUUCAAGGAUUUCUUUCCUUCUAUCGUCGGUACUCUCGGAUUCACGAAAGUUCAAACCUAUCUUGUUCAAGCACCACCAUAUGUUAUCUCGUACAUUGUAACCCUUGUCAUCUCCUGGUCAUCUGGACGUAGACUCGAGCACUGUUGGCACAUCGUUGGGGCAAUUGCCAUGUCUCUCGUCGGAGCUGCUGUCAUGAUAUCGACACUCAAUGUUGGUGCGCGCUAUUUCUCGAUGAUACUCCUCUGCUCUGGGCCUUUCGUUGCUCUCAACAUCCAAUUAUCUUGGGAGACUACCGUUGUUCCACGACCACGAACCAAGCGAGCAGCGCUGAUCGCAAUUGCCAAUUGCGUGUCCAGCGUUUCUCACUGGUUCACUCCAUAUUUCUUCCUUACCAAUCAGGAACCGAGGUAUCAACUUGGAGGUGGCUGUAUCAUUGUCGGAGCAGGUCUCACGAUUGUUUUCUGCGUCGCUACUCGAUACUGGUGCAUUAGGAAAAAUAAGGUCCUGGAGAAAGAGGAGGAGAGAACUGGGGUGGUGAACAGCUGGAGAUAUGCUUCGUAAACUUCUUGAAGACCGCGCUUUACUAGGCGUAACGUGGUGGCGGCUAUCAAGCUUGCCAAUCUUCCCGAAGUGGCUUGUCGAGAAUAUUCUGCAACAGCAAAGUCUGCACUACAACAGCGUGUGACACAUUGAGACAACUAUUUUAUAAGAACAAACGGUA